AUGAAAAGAAAACAUGAUCAGAAUAAUAUCAGUUCAAAUGUUGAUAAUGAUGCGCUUCUCCAACCUGUAAUGGCAUUUGAUCAUGUUAAUAGGGAUCAACAAACAAUUGUGCUACCAUCAGGUGAAUCAACAACGAAAGAACAACUUUUAUUAAAAGUAAUCGAUCUUUAUCCAAGCUAUGCUAAUACUUAUUACCAGUUGGCAUUAAUACUUGAAUCCGAAAAUCGAUCAUCAAUCACACUUAAUAAUGGACAAUCAAUGACUACAGAACAAUUAUACUUGAAAUCAAUAGAGUAUGAUCCAACCAGUCACAGUUCUUAUUAUAACCUUGCAAAUACACUUUCAAAUGGUGAAUCAAUCAAACUUAAUAACGGACAAUCAAUGACAAAACAACAAUUAUACUUGAAGUCAAUAGAAUCUGAUCCAACCAAUUCCAAUCCAUAUUAUAACCUUGCAACGACACUUUCAAGAGGUGAAUCAAUCACACUUAAUAACGGACAAUCAAUGACAAAACAACAAUUAUACUUGAAAUCAAUAGAGUAUGAUCCAACCAGUCACAGUUCUUAUCAUAACCUUGCAAAUACACUUUCAAGAGGUGAAUCAAUCACACUUAAUAAUGGACAAUCAAUAACUGCACAACAACUAUUCUUGAAAUCAAUAGAAUAUGAACCAACAUAUUAUCUGUCAUACUACAGCCUUGCAAAUACACUUUCAAGAGGUGAAUCAAUCACACUUAAUAAUGGACAAUCAAUGACUGCACAACAAUUAUACUUGAAAUCAAUAGAGUAUGAUCCAACAUAUUCCAAUUCAUAUUACCAGUUGGCAUUAAUACUUAAAGCCGAAAAUCGAUCAUCAAUCACACUUAAUAAUGGACAAUCAAUGACUGCACAACAAUUAUACUUGAAAUCAAUAGAAUAUGAACCAACAUAUUAUCGGUCAUAUUAUAACCUUGCAAAUACACUUUCAAAUGGUGAACCAAUCACACUUAAUAAUGGACAAUCAAUGACAAAACAACAAUUAUACUUGAAGUCAAUAGAGUAUGAUCCAACCAGUCACAGUUCUUAUCAUAACCUUGCAACGACACUUUCAAGAGGUGAAUCAAUCACACUUAAUAACGGACAAUCAAUGACAAAACAACAAUUAUACUUGAAAUCAAUAGAAUGUGAUCCAACAUAUUUCAAUCCAUAUCAUAGCCUUGCAAUUACACUUUCAAGAGGUGAAUCGAUAACACUUAAUGAUGGAACAACAAUGACGAAACAACAACUAUUCUUGAAAUCAAUAGAAUGUGAUCCAACCAAUUCAUAUUUAUAUUAUAACCUUGCAACGAAACUUUCAAGAGGUGAAUCAAUCACACUUAAUAAUGGACAAUCAAUGACUGCACAACAAUUAUACUUGAAAUCAGUAGAAUAUGAACCAACAUAUUAUCGGUCAUAUUAUAACCUUGCAAAUACACUUUCAAAUGGUGAAUCAAUCACACUUAAUAAUGGACAAUCAAUGACUGCACAACAAUUAUACUUGAAAGCAAUAGAAUGUGAUCCAACCAAUUUUGAUUCGUAUGAUAAACUUUUAAUUAUACUUUCAAGAGGUGAAUCUAUCAUUCUUAAUAAUGGACAAUCAAUGACAAAACAACAAUUAUACUUGAAAUCUAUAGAAGGUGAUCCAAGCAAUUACUAUUUAUUUUGUAACCUUGCAAAUACACUAUCUCGGUAUGAAACAAUAACACUCCAUAAUGGUGUUCGAAUGACAAAACAACAACUAUUAUUGGAAUCACUAAGAAAAGGUCAUAGACGAAGUAUGGUUUACAAAUCGAUUGGACUAACUUUGCUGAACAACAAACAAACGAUUACACUUCCAAAUGGUGAACAAAUGUCGAGAAGACAACUGCUUCAAAAAGCAAGAGAAUUGUACUAA